GACGGUGAAACAAAGGAAUCAAUUCAUUUCCUUACCGCUCCUGCGGCUCCUCACUCUCUCUUCUUCCUCUCUCCCCUCACUCCUCAUCCGCUGGCGGAUUGAUUAGUAUAUUCUCUUCCUGCGGCUUCUUUCCUCUCACAUGACUCGACUCCUCAACCAACCCAUAUGCAUCGACAAUGGAACCGGUAUUCUCAAGGCCGGGUUUGCUAGCGAAGACGUCCCCCGCUGUCUGCUUCCCUCCGUAGUAGGACGGGUCAAGUAUACGAGAUGUAUGGCCGGAGCGGUGCCAGAUGACACGUUUAUCGGGUCGAAAGCGCAUGAAAUGCGCGGCCUAUUGAGGCUCACGUAUCCCAUGGAGCAUGGAAUGGUGCAGAGCUGGGACGACAUGGAACGAAUCUGGGCAUUCGUGUACGGAGAAAGUCUCCAAGUUUCGGCCGAAGAACACCCGGCACUACUGACUGAAGCACCUCUUAAUCCGAAACGCAACCGUGACCGGCUGGCGCAGGUAUUUUUUGAGAGUUUUAAUGUUCCUGCAUUGCAGGUUUCACUCCAGGCGGUGCUCUCGUUGUAUGCUUCGGGACGGACGACUGGCAUCGUUGUCGACUCUGGCGACGGCGUAACCCAUACAGUCCCCGUGUACGAGGGUUUCGCCAUAACGCCGAGCAUCCAACGCAUGGAUCUCGCCGGCCGAGAUGUCACAGAGUAUCUGCAAUUGCUGCUCCGCAAGGCAGGAUACUCCCUGACGACGAGCGCCGAAAAGGACGUGGUCCGGCAGAUGAAAGAACAGUGCUGCUAUCUCGUCAAGGAUUUUGCUGCUGAACAACGUGAAUGGUCGACUUUUCGUCAGCCGCUUGAAGAGUAUCGGCUACCAGACGGCCAAAUUGUUCGCCUCGGUAGUGAGCGAUUUCGGGCACCCGAAAUCCUCUUUCAGCCUGAGUUAGUCGGCUUAGAGAUGCCUGGCGUGCAUCGGCUUGUCCAGCAAUCACUCUUUCGUGCCGAUCUUGAUUUGAGAAGCUCUCUAGCCUCAAACAUCAUUCUGUCCGGAGGCUCUACCGUCACCACUGGUUUCGGCGACCGGCUCCUAAACGAGAUGCGCACCCUCAUGCCUUCGGGCACUCAUAUUAAAAUCUUCGCUCCUCCAGAACGCAAGUACAGCACUUGGAUUGGCGCUUCCAUCCUCGCCAGUCUCAGCAGCUUCCGCAACCUCUGGGUCUCUGCCGAGGAAUACGCCGAAGACCCCAAUAUCCUCCACCGCAAGGGCAUGCAAUAAGCUUUGCGGGGCGAUUCCAUGUGCUUGCUGCGGUGUAACUGAAUGGUGAAGUGAAACCUGGACGUUCCAUGACGAAACUCACGGGAUCAUCUUAAUGAACCCUUGAAGAAAUACCUCCACACGAAAGAGGACCCCUCCCCGCAAAACUUUAAGCAAACCUUAUAAAACAUAACCUUUCCCCACACCCGGGCCCCACAAACUCUUUCUUUUUUAUCCCAGAACGAACUGAUAUUUUUCUAACA